AUGCCUCACCUACCCCCCAGUCAUGCACUACCGGCCCCUCAGCUUGCACUACCCCCUCAGCAUCACUAUACCCCUCACAACAAUCACUACGUCCCCCACGGUAACUGGAGGAUCACUAAGCCCCACAGCAGCACGGGUACCCCCCUCAGAAACCCCUACCCCCUCGGUAAGUACCCCCUACCCCUCUCGUACCCAGGGCAUCACUCACAGUGCCCCCUCCAGCGAUCACUACCCCCUCGGGAGUACCACUACCCCUCGAUCAGCGACUACCGUCCCCUCAGCAGUGCUCACCUGCCACGGGCGCUCUAUACCUACUACCCCCAGCUACCCAUACCCCCUCAGCAGCAACUACCCCUCAACCCCUCCCGCCUCAGUAACCCUAACCCCCUCACCCACUACCCCCUCCAGUACCCCCCUCCCCCCGGUCUCACCCUGAGGGCCGGUCAGUCCCGUACUGACGGCCCCGCGCCCUCUCCCCCGGUGAUCCUUGCGAACAUCCCCGCUCCCGCCCCUCGUUCCCCCACGUGCUCGCUGACCGGGCUCCUCCCGGUAGUGCUGCCUCGCCACCUCUUCCGCCUCCCACACUACCCCCUCAAGCAGCACUACCCACUAGCAGCACGUGACCCCCUCAAGUCCUCUACGAACCCCCUCGUACCCCACCCCUCGAGACCCCUACCCCUCAGCAGCACUACCCCCUCAGCAGCGACACCCCCUCAGAUCACUACCCCCUCAUACCCCUACCCCCUCAGGCGCACUACCCCCUCAGACCCUAGCCCCCCAUACCCCUACCCACUCACGGGGACACUAACCCCGGCACAGCAACUACCCUCGAGCCGACAUCCUCAGCGCACACCCCAGCAUAACUACCCGUUCCUAGUACCCCUCCCCCUCAACCCCAACCCUCAGCACACACCCCGCGCAAUACCCCACAUCAUUAACCCUCAUACCCCUACCCCGCUCAAGCAUGCUACUAACCCCCUCUAA